CCGGGUAUUUUAUCUCCACCGACUUUCCGUAGUUGACUAACAGUUAGCUUGCCUUGUUUUUAGCUGAAGGACACGAAAGACCAGCUUUUAAUGAGUGGACCAACAAACGAGUUUUAGCAACUUAUAGUUUCAACAAUUAUUUUCUGCUUUAGUUGCCGAGAUGUCUUCAAAACCUUUGUCACCUCUGGCCAAAAAAGCGAUGAAGGUUGUCAUCGUUGUUGAACUUCUUGGAAUCUUUGGAGCCUACAAACUUUUUCACAUGAUGGACACCAGCCAAGAUUUUAGGAGCACAAUGAACAGAAGGUUCCCUAGCAUUCUAGAAGUUUACUACAAGUCCAGCGAGCUGGCGGGCGUCCAUGGUGUGCGUGAGAGAGACCAUCUGGACUGGGGGACCGUGCAGGAUUGAUGACUACUUCCUGUAGUUGAACACUUCCUGCGCAAUGACUUGGCGUCUCGGUUGUGGAUUCCGUCGUCACAUUGACUCAGAGGAAGCAGCAUGACAUCACUUUCUGCUGUUCGUCAGUGGGAAAUGUCUGUGGCAAACAAGCUAACUACUGUGUUUGCACCAUGGCGAUGAGUUGAACAGACUUUUCACAAUAAGAGUUUAGAAGACACUGACGCAGACAGCAACAAUAUGUUGUCUCUCGUGAGAGCUCACCAGUCUUUGCAAAUGUGUUCAAAAUUAAAAAAGGUAAGAAAUCUUUAGUAA